CGCUGCUGCCGCCGAGUCCUCCUGCCGCGGGCGGCGCUGCUGCCGCCGAGUCCUCCUGCCGUUGUGCGCAGGCGCGAGGCCUAUGCCCAUGCUGGGAGUGCGGUGAUGGCGGAGGAGAAGCGAGUGGAACCGCGACGGGAGGCAGAGGAGGAAAUCGAGGAGGAGGAGGAGGAUGACGAGGAGGAGCUUGAUGAAUCCCUCUCGGAAAGACUGUGGGGUUUGACCGAGAUGUUCCCUGAAGGAAUGCGAAAUGCCUCAGGUGUUGCUGCCGACUGCUCCGUGUCACUGGCAAAGAAAAUCUACAGUUUCACCCGGUCGGCCCUUUGGGUGGGAACCACUUCCUUCAUGAUCCUGGUUCUGCCGGUUGUGUUUGAAACAGAGAAACUUCAACUGGAGCAGCAACAAAUCCAGCAACAGAGACAGAUUCUGUUAGGCCCGAAUACAGGACUAUCUGGUGGAAUGCCAGGAAUGCUGCCGCCACCAGUUCCUGGGAAAAUAUAACACAUGAGACGCCUUGAGAAGAAAAUACCGAUGUAAUGGGAAGGGUUCGAUAGACCUGUGGGGUGGGGUGGGAGGUUUGACAUUAGGAACAGCUGCUGUAUCAGCUGCUCAUUGCCAGCGAGAUGUGAAUUCAUCCUCAGUGUUCAUCUCUGGAGCAUUUGGACGUCCCGACAGACCGAAUCUCAUCUGCAGCUCGGGAUCGGAGAGUGGCAAGAAUCGGAAUUCUAAUCUGCUGGAACAGUCAUUGGUUUGGGAAAACAUUGUGGGUGGGGGGUGGGAGGGGGUUGCAGCCUGAUAGGUUCUCAGAGCCAUUUUUCUAAUGAACUGCAAAGUAUCUCAAUCGCUGCCAGCAUUUAUCUGAGUCAUUCUGUUGGGAAGCGGCUGUAGGAGCUGGAGCUUUAGACCGAUUGGCAGAUCAAGUGUGUUGGAAUAUGGUGGAGGUAUGAAGGACUGCCUUGUGCCAGUGCAGUAUAGUAGAGGAGUGUGAGGGACAUGCCAGUGAAGUACAGUGGAGGGGUGUGAGAGCCUGUCCUGUGCCAGUGCAGUACAAUGCAGGGGUGUGAGGGAUCUCCAGUGUCAGUGCAGUACAACGGAGGGUAUGAGGGGCUCCCCAGUGCCAGUGCAGUACAGUGGAGGGUACGAGAGAGACUCCUGUGCCAGUGCUGUACAAUGGAGGGGUGUGAGGGGCACCCCAGUGUUAGUGCAGUACAAUGGAGAGGUAUGAGGGACUGCCCAGUGCCAGUACAGUGAGGGGGUAUGAGGGACUGCCCAGUGCCAGUACAGUGAGGGGGUAUGAGGGACUGCCCAGUGCCAGUGCAGUACAGUGGAGGGUAUGAGAGACUCUCCUGUGCCAGUGCUGUACAAUGGAGGGGUAUGAGGGACUCCCCAAUGGCAGUGCAGUACAAUGGAGAGGUAUGAGGGACUGCCCAGUGCCAGUACAGUGAGGGGGUAUGAGGGACUGCCCAGUGCCAGUGCAGUACAGUGGAGGGUAUGAGAGACUCUCCUGUGCCAGUGCUGUACAAUGGAGGGGUGUGAGGGGCACCCCAGUGUUAGUGCAGUACAAUGGAGAGGUAUGAGGGACUGCCCAGUGCCAGUACAGUGAGGGGGUGUGAGGGGCACCCCAGUGUUAGUGCAGCACAAUGGAGAGGUAUGAGGGACUGCCCAGUGCCAGUACAGUGAGGAGGUAUGAGGGACUGCCCAGUGCCAGUACAGUGAGGGGGUGUGAGGGACUCCCCAAUGGCAGUGCAGUACAAUGGAGAGGUAUGAGGGAUUGCUGUGUUCUAGUCCUUGGUUGCACGCUGUUUUUUUCACCUCAGGAACAAAGCAAACCCAGAGUCUCUCUUGUCUCCCAGGAGCUGACUCGGUUGUGGCAGUGAUACAGCAAGGAUCCUAAGCGAGCUCUGACACAGAUUCAGGUUACUGUCUGAUCUGAUUGAUGGGCAUGGCUUGGCUCAAGGCCAGGGUGGCACUAGUGCUAGCAAAUGUACUCAAAACAAUGGGAGCCAGUGACUUGCUGCAGGAAAGGGACAAGCCAGCUUCUUCCUGCCUGGUACUCCCUCCGAACCUGGGCACUGAUGGCACAGAGGCUGAUUGGCAAAGUGGUGCCCUGUGGGUCUUAGUGUAACAGGUGAAUGGAGACCUAGCUGCCUGGAUGACACUGAAAUGUGCAGGAUUUGGAAAUCCAGGCAGCUGCAAUUGAAUUUACCCAAGACUGGGCUGAUCUGACACUAAAGUUCCCUUCUGCAAACCUCACACAUGAUGGGAUUAGUUUGAAUACCUGCAGGAAUGGUGGAAGGUUACCAUUGUGCUUUAUGACUUGAAGUUGGGGGUUUAAUAAAUGCUUGAUACUG